AUGGUAGAAGAAACAUCAAAAGACGGAGAAAAAGGAAAACAACCGGAGCAUGAUUCAUCGAAGAAAAAUCCGGUGUAUCAUCUAGGAUCGAGUGAUGGUCCUGGUAUUCUUAUUACCCCGAUUGUGUUAAGAGAAACUAACUAUGAUGAAUGGGCUAGAUCCAUUAGAAGAUCAUUAAUAGCCAAACGAAAGUUUGGUUUUGUUGACGGCACAAUAAAAGAACCUACAGAUCCUGAACAAUUGGAGGAAUGGAUUGCGGUUCAAUCAACCAUUGUUUCCUGGAUUAAAAACACCCUGGAUUCUUCCAUACGAUCGACACUGGGAGAUUAUGAUGAUGUUGCUCUUCUCUGGACACACUUGCGGAAACGAUUUUGUGUGGUAAGUGGUACAAGAAUCUGUCAAAUAAAAUUAUCUUUGAGUGAGUGUAAACAAGGUAAAUCUGAAAGUGUAGCUGUUUAUUUUGGAAGAUUAAAUAAGUUGUGGGGUGCCCUGGUGACAAAUAUGAAAAUACCACAAUGCAAGUGUGGUCAUUGCACCUAUGAUAUCGCAAGUCAGGUGACUACUUUGAGAGAAUAA